GUAUACACUAGUAGAUAAAUAACAUGGUUUAACCUUGUACAGCGUACAAAGAGUAGGGUCAGAACCCAGGAUUCUUCACCCACUAAGCCCAAGAUGCUCUCCACUAUGUCCCACUGCCUUUCGCUCGUUUCCAUUCCGGGGACGUUUGGUUUUGGGGGCCUGGUCCUUGCUUUGGAAAAACUUGAUUUUGAGAAGAGUGACUGGUUGUCCCUGACAGUCCUCCUGCUUCCCCCACCUCAACUGUAUCCUUUUCCCACCCUGAACAAGGAGGGCCCAUUUCUUCAAUCUUCAAAAAACGGGUGGCCGGUAUCAGGCUGGUGGAAGUGGCAGCGCGGGGUAUUAAUUCCAGGCCCACAGACCUAAAAUCUGGUAGGCAGGGAGGCUGCUCUGGCGCCGCCCGGUUCAAGCGGGGAUAGCGCCCCGUGGACACGGGCACGUCUUGGCUUCCUCAGGUACCAGGGCCUUUAAAAACACGGAGCUGAGGCAUCACACCCGGAAAGACCUCUUUUCAGCUCAAGGGUGCAGCCUGAGUUUCACAUGGAAAAGAACUAAGUAAAGGACAACCGGCACGGUACACAGCGCCGCGGCCACGACCCGGCCGCACUAACCAAUGGUCUCCCGCCACGUCACAGGCCCCACCCCCAGGGCGGCUGCGGCCCCGCCCCAGGAGCUGACCCGGAGCCAAAGGCGCUGCGCGGCGCCGAAUUCUGGCGUCACUUCCACUACAGCGAUGGCGGCCCAGGGAGCAGCGGCGGCGGUUGCGGCGGCGAUCUCAGGGGUCGCGGGGGAGGGCGAGCCAGGGCCCGGGGAGAAUGCGGCGGUCGAAGGGACCGCCCCGUCCCCGGGCCGCGUCUCCCCGCCAACCCCGGCGCGCGGCGAACCGGAAGUCACCGUGGAGAUCGGAGAAACGUACCUCUGCCGGCGGCCGGAUAGCACCUGGCAUUCUGCCGAAGUGAUCCAGUCUCGAGUGAAUGACCAGGAGGGCCGAGAGGAAUUCUAUGUACACUAUGUGGGCUUUAACCGGCGGCUGGACGAAUGGGUAGACAAAAACCGGCUGGCGCUCACCAAGACGGUGAAGGACGCCGUGCAGAAGAACUCUGAGAAGUACCUGAGCGAGCUGGCUGAGCAGCCGGAGCGCAAGAUCACUCGCAACCAGAAGCGCAAGCAUGACGAGAUCAACCAUGUGCAGAAGACCUAUGCGGAGAUGGACCCCACGACCGCGGCUUUGGAGAAGGAGCAUGAGGCGAUCACCAAGGUCAAGUACGUGGACAAGAUCCACAUCGGGAACUAUGAAAUCGAUGCCUGGUACUUCUCGCCCUUCCCGGAAGAUUACGGCAAACAGCCAAAGCUCUGGCUGUGCGAGUACUGCCUCAAGUACAUGAAGUACGAGAAGAGCUACCGCUUCCACCUGGGCCAGUGCCAGUGGCGGCAGCCGCCCGGGAAGGAGAUCUACCGCAAGAGCAACAUAUCUGUGUACGAGGUGGAUGGUAAAGACCACAAGAUUUACUGUCAGAACCUAUGUCUGCUGGCCAAGCUCUUCCUGGACCAUAAAACGCUGUACUUCGACGUGGAGCCCUUCGUCUUCUACAUCCUGACCGAGGUGGAUAGGCAGGGAGCCCACAUCGUUGGCUACUUCUCCAAGGAGAAGGAGUCUCCAGAUGGGAACAACGUGGCCUGCAUCCUGACCUUGCCCCCCUACCAGCGCCGUGGCUAUGGAAAGUUCCUCAUUGCUUUCAGUGAGUGGCUCCUGGCCUCCCAGGAAGGGGCUGGAGUGCGUGGGCAGAGCUGGGUUUGCAGGACUCCGUUUCUCCCACUGCCAGGUUAUGAGCUAUCCAAGCUGGAAAGUACGGUCGGCUCCCCUGAGAAGCCGCUGUCAGACCUGGGCAAACUCAGCUACCGCAGCUACUGGUCUUGGGUCCUGCUGGAGAUUCUGCGAGACUUCCGUGGCACACUGUCCAUCAAGGACCUCAGCCAGAUGACCAGCAUCACGCAGAAUGACAUCAUCAGCACUCUGCAGUCCCUUAACAUGGUCAAGUACUGGAAAGGCCAGCAUGUCAUCUGUGUCACGCCCAAGCUGGUGGAGGAACACCUCAAAAGUGCCCAGUAUAAGAAACCACCCAUAACAGUGGACUCUCUCUGCCUCAAGUGGGCGCCCCCCAAGCAUAAGCAAGUCAAACUCUCCAAGAAGUGAGUAGCCUGGGGCCUGCUGGACCUGCACCUCCUUCCCCUGCCUGUAAAUAUGUACAGACCUGUUCCGUCAUUUUUUUAAUAAAGAACAUUCUGCU